GACCUCGACAAGGCCACCUCGAAACGUGAGGCCCCCAGGUUCGGCAAGCUCAUCAACGGGCUUAGGGGCGCGACGGCGUGCGCGCCCACUUCCACUCUGGCCUCUUUACUGGGGAAGGAGAAGCAGUCUUGGUGCAGGAAGCUUCGCACGUCAAGCUCUGCCACGAAUGGCGCCAUCCGCAGGUGCAUGGAGGACUGCAGCAAGAUUGCCAGCAGCUUUCAAAGGAUGGAAUGCUACUCGCAGUACUUGGCGUUCUCGCAGUGGGCUGAGGUGCAGUACGUGGCGGCGCCUGGCAAGCUAUUUCGACUUAUCAAGAAUAUGCCUGCAGCGAAGGGCGAGUUCGAAGGCGGGCCGAUCGUCUCCUCCGAUCCGCUCGCGGCGAUGGAUAUCAGCGCAAUGGUCUGGCGCAAGCAGUGGACUGAUUCUUCGUUGGGUAUCGGGGCGGUGUCGCAUCCCCCGAGCACGGCGCGCGACUGUUUCUGGGGAGCCCCUUUCCCCACAUUCGACUUGGAGACGCUGGGGGAAGGCGCCGGGCGGGCGAAGGGCACCUCGGCCAAGGGCAUCGAGCCGCUGGGUAAGACAG